AUGUAUUAUCCAACAAAUUAUAACGAAUCCAUGUAUAGCUUAAAUUACAAUGUAAACUUUCAACAAAAUUUAUAUCCGCCUAAUUGGAAUCCAUGUAAUGUUAAUUCCACCGAUGGAAUAUUGAAUGUAUCGAUUAAAAAAAGGCAAGAGGAUCAAGAACAAAUUGAAAAUUUUCUUAAAGAAACAGAAGAAAGUUCGAAUAUAAUAGAUAUAAAAAGUUUUAAAAGACCUUCAAAAAUUGGUGAAGCUAGAAAUUCUUUAAUUAUGAUUUUCAAAUUAAAUAAAAAAAUAGAGACCAUUUGUGCGGAACUUCAAUGCAAUAUAGAUUUACCGAUAGAAGAAUGGAAAGAAAAAAUUGAAAUGUGUGCUACAUUAAAAAAUCAAAUACUUGAAAUAAUUGGAAAAUUUAAAGACAAGACUUUUUUCAAUCAAUUAAAAAAAGACGUGGAAAAACGUAGAAAGAAAAGAUUAAGGGAACACGUUAAAAGGCAAAAUUGGAAAAUUGAAAAAUUACAUAGAAUGGAAAGAAGAGCUAGAUUACAUGCAGAAGCAGAUUCAUGGCUUAGGCGCGAACAGGCAGUAAUAGAAAAAGAAAAGCAAGAUGAAAAUUUGCGCAAAGAUGCCGAUAUGAUAUUAUCGGAUGUACGAAAUAAACGAAAUGAUGCUAAAAAGUAUUUAUUAAUUUUACAAGAAUUAAAAAAUCUACGAAACGUAAAAACUAAUAUUGCCAAAGCGAGAGGAGAAACGAUAUCUACGGCAGCGAAUGAGGUUUUCAAUAACAUUAUUGAUAAAUUGUCAGAACAGUGGUCUGGAUUAGAUAGAGAAUAUUCCAUCGAAGAGCAAGGCUUAAAGUUAAUGCUAAAGACAGAUAAUGAGAAAUUAAUAGAGAAACAAAAAAGGAAUGUUUUAGAUGAAUGGCAAAAUGUAUUAUUUGGAAGAAAAAUUUUAAUGCCGGAUCAAGUUCAAACAGAUAUUGCUAAUCUUGUUAUGAUUCGAACUGCUUGGGAUAAAUAUAUCAAUUUUGAUGUUGGCUCAUCGCAAAUUCCAAUUGGUUGGAUAAUACCUAAAACACCACGAUCUGCUGCAUGGCAAAAAUAUCUUAAAAAUGAUAUAUCUUAAAAUGAUUUAUUAGUAUAUUUUUGGCGUAUAAAAAUUGAUUAUAAAAAUAAAUUAAUUAAGAAUUUAUUAUAUAUUAAGAUUUAAAGAAAAGGAUUAUUUGCGUAAUCGUUAAAAACAUUUUUCUAAUUUAAAUAAGAUAAUUUUUUGAUCUUUUUAGCAUAUAUUUUUUAGUGCCAUGGGUGAUACAUUGUAGUAAAAGUCUAUUGUCUAAUAAUAAUGUUUCCCGGUAUACGAUAUGUAAUAAUUUUUUAUUAAAGUUUGUAUGGAAAAUUA